GAAGAAAACCAAAAAAAAAAAAAAAAAAAAAUACAUUUUUACUGAAUUUUUUGCCAAAAAAAAAAAAGGCUUUCAGUGAAAUCGAUCUGCAGAAUUAUAAUCCGAAAUUCAAAAAAAAAGGCAACGGGAAUGGAGGUGACGAAUUCCGAUAGAGCCACCGGAGUCGUGUUGAAUUUUCCGGCGAACGACGAUGGCGACGACAACGAUAAAACGAUGCCUUCUCCUUCGUCUUCUUCUAAUUCUCCUCCAAAGCUUCCUCGGAGGCUCAGACGCCGUCUAAUGCAGCAGCAGCAGUCUAAAACCCCUAUCACUGCUGAUGACAUCGAAUCCAAGCUCACACAAGCUCGUCUUCGCCGACAACAAUUCUACGAAUUUUUGUCAAGCAAAGCGAGGACGAAGCCGAAAAUUCCGUCUUCAUCUGCUUCACAAGAUGAAGAUCUGGCUAGGAGACUCGAAUCCAAGAUCAAAGCUGCUGAACAGAAAAGGUGUUGGAGGCAGUUUGCAAUUUCAAAGAAAACUACUUUAGUUUUAGCAAAAGCUUUUAAGGCUUUAGAAAUUAAUGAAGUAUCUGUUAGGUCAAUGCCAUUUGAACAGCUUGCCUUCAAGAUUGAGUCUGUUUCUACUAUUCAAACUACAAAGGCUCUACUUGACCGUCUAGAGAGUCGCUGCUUGAUCUCAUGUGUAACUGGCGGUCUACCUAAUCUGGAGAACAUUGACCAUCUCCUUAAACAUGUUGCUAUGAAAGAUAGAAGGGGAAAUACUAAGAUCAAGAGAAAGGGGACAAAGAGUACAGGCUUGGGUAAAGAAGCUUCUCAAAGUCCAGUUGCACAGUCAAGGUAUCCAGUAAGGGUUUUGCUCUGUGCUUAUAUGAUCUUUGGACACCCAGAUGCAGUUUUCAGUGGGUGGAGAGAGCUUGAGAAUGCUCUCCUUGAGGCUACAACUAAUUUUAUUCGGGAAUUUGAGCUGUUGAUUGAGACUAUAUUAUGUGGUCCCAUUCAGAAAGUGCAGGAGGAAGUAACUGCACUAAAUCAAAAUCAAAUGACCUUCAGAUCCCAGCUAGAAGCUUUUGAUAGGGCUUGGUGUUCUUAUCUGCAUCACUUUGUAGCAUGGAAAGACAAUGAUGUGAAGCUGUUAGAGGAGGGUUUGGUGAGAGCUGCUUGUCAACUGGAGCUUUUCAAGAUGCAAACUAGCAAGGUAACCUCAAAAGGAGAAGAUCAUGGUCCUAGACAUGAAUAUGAUAGACAGCCUAUCCAAAACCAGGUUACAGAAGAUCAGAAAUCACUAAGGGAAAAAGUGCAGCAUCUAAGUGGUAAAGCAGGGCUUGAACGUCUGGAAUCUGCUUUGUCUGACACAUUGUCCAGAUAUUCUGGUUCCAAAGAGUUUGCAUGUUCAUUACCUUCCUCAACUGCCAAUGAUCAAUCUUUGAGGCAGAAGGUUUCAUUAGAUGGCUCUGCAGUUUCUGUUUCUUCUCAAGUGAGUAAUCUGCCUAAUAGACAUGAGAGUUCAAGUCAAGGAGUUCAUACUUUGCUGGGGAAGAAUGAAUCUUCCCUAGGUGAAGAAAUUGGUUCUUCAUCUUCUUCUGAAGUUGUUGUGGAUGGUGACCUGAGCUCUGCUGCAUUCUUUGUUGGUGAAAAUGAACCACUUGUAAACCAAAUUCUCCAUGAACAUAGUCAAGGAUUUACUGAUAUUAUGAAUCAAAGUGGUGAAGAUAAUAAUAGUCUUACUGCAAAAGUGAAGGAGACAAUGGAAAAAGCAUUUUGGGAUGGUGUCAUGGAAUCUAUGAAAGAAGAUGAUUCUGACUUCAGCUGGAUUCUUAAACUCUUGAAAGAAGUCAGAGAUGAACUGUGUGGUAUAUCUCCUCGGAGCUGGAAAGAAGAGAUUGUUGAAACUCUUGACAUUGAUAUCCUCUCACAGAUGCUGAUGUCAGGCAAUGUAGAUUUGCAUUAUUUCAGAAGGAUCCUAGAAUUUGCUUUAGUCACUUUGCGAAAACUUUCUGCCCCAGCUAAUGAUGAUGAGAUGGACACUAGACACACUAAGUUUUUGAAAGAGCUUGAAGAGGUUUUUCAAGCUGAAGACAGAUCAAAAGCUUCUUGUGCCCUUGCAAUAACUAAGGGUCUGCAAUUUGUUCUACAAGAGAUUCAGGCACUUAAGAGGGAGAUCAGCAAAGCACGUCUUAGGAUUGUGGAACCACUCAUUAAGGGGCCUGCCGGUUUGGAAUACCUAAGAAAAGCUUUUGCCAACAGGCAUGGAUCUCCCGAGGAUGCCUCCACCUCUCUACCAAUGACAAGACAAUGGCUUUCUUCUGUGAGGACAGUUGCAGAGCAAGAGUGGCAUGAAUACUCGGAUUCUCUAUCUGCUAUGACAGACAACAAAGAACUUUCACAAGGACUUGCCCCUACCACUCUUCGGUCUGGAGGUAGCAUUUUAAUGGGAAAGAGAAUAAACUCUGAGACCUCACCUGCAGUUGACAUAAAGGAACAACCGGAAUGCAGGGGAGAAACGAUUGAUCUAUUUGUUAGACUAGGCUUGUUAAAGCUGGUUAGCGAAGUAAGGGGACUGACACUGGAAGUUCUCCCUGAAACUCUUAGACUUAAUCUCCUCAAGCUAAGGUCUGUUCAGUCACAACUUCAAAAGAUCGUCGUUAUUACUACCUGCUUGCUGGUUCUUCAGCAAACGCUUGCGAGUGAGAACUUAGUGACUAAUCCUGUGGACAUGGAAAAUAUGGUAUCCACAUGCCUGAAGCAGCUUUCUGAGCUACUGGACACAGAUAAUGAUAUUGACAUCCCAGACAUCGUUGAGACAAUCAUCGGAUGUGCAAAGAAUGACCACGUUCUGUACUACGAAAAACUCCACGUGAGAAAGCAGAUUAUGACAAGCAUGUUAAGGAAGAGCUUGCAAGAUGAUGAUGCGGUGUUUAAGCGGGUAUCUCAGACUGUUUAUGUAGCAGCAAGGGGGGUUGUCCUUGGAGGAAGUGGGGUCAAGGGUAGAGAACUAGCAGAGGUAUCUCUUCGGCGUGUUGGAGCUGCUCUUCUUACAGACAAUUUGGUAAAGACUAUAGAAGUCGUAGUUGUGGUGGCAGUUCUUUCAUGCAGUGUUCAUAGAGCAUGGUAUGAAGAAUUGAUCAAGAGAUUGUGACUUAAGGAUGGAAAAUAAUGUACCUUUAUAUUAUUUAGCUGUACAUAAUAGGGGUGUGUAUUAUUUA